GGCAGACUUCCGGCAACAACGCCUGUGUCACGUCACCUCCCCUGUGCCUGGAAGGUGAGCUGCAUGGUGUGUACACAGAGCAGGGCUGUGCAUGUCGAGCUGCGGGUAGUAUGCAUUGCCAUCAUGGGGUUUCAUUAACCAUCACAUACCUGCUUCAUUCAUGUUAGUGGCAUGCCCACAGUGUAUCAUGGGGGGGAGGGAGGGCAUUGUAUGCUGUUAUCAGUGUUAUUUAAAGGACCACUAUAGUGCCAGGAAAACAUACUUGUUUUCCUGACUCUAUAGGGUCCUUGGGUCCCCCUCCUGCCAGGCUCUUUUUCCAGCGCCGGCUCCCUCGGAGGUGGGGACUCUCCUCCUCCUUUCCCGUCAUUGGCUGAAUGCGCAUGUGUGGCAAGAGCCGCGCGCUUAUUCAGCCAGUCCAUAGGAAAGGUGUCUUCUCACAGUAAGUAGCGCGGAAGCGCCUCUAGCGGCUGUCAAUGAGACAGCCACUAGAGGCUGGAUUAACCCAUUUCUCUGAAACUGCUAUGUUUACAGCAGAAAGGGUUAAUCCUAGAGGGACCUGGCACCCAGACCACUUCAUUAAGCUGAAGUGGUCUGGGUGCCUAUAGUGCUCCUUUAACUGGCAGGCAGUGUCACACAGUGGGGUUCACUGAUUUAUGGGGGUUUGGGUAGUGAGGGGUUUAAACAGACCCAAGGAGCAAGUUUCUCCAAAAAUGUCACAAUUGGUGCUCCCCUUCCCAUUGUGUUAUCUAGAGGCAGUGGAGGAAUCUGUUUUAGUUUUGGGGCUGGUCAAAGGCUGGCAGAGGAUCAUUGGUGUUGAAGUUCUACCACAGCUGGGCUCUAACAAUCUGCCUCCAUUGGUUUUUAGAUCCUUAAAGGAACACUGCAUUAACUGGGGGGGAGGGAAAUAAUUUAAUUAAAAUCACUGUUUAGUAUAAAUAUUCCCAAAUGAAAGCAUGCAUGCAUUUAAUUAUGCAUUCCCCUGUUGGGUUAUAUCUAAAAACUGCUUGCAAAAGUUUACAAGCACUCCCCUUCUAGCCCCUACCAGACUUUCUGUGUCUGUCCAAUUACAGACUUUCCAAUGCAGCUCAAUGAGAUGUCUUUGCAAGGCAGGUGCUCAGGGCAAAUGCUGCCUUUUGAAUUUGGUUCCACUGAGCUAAACAAACCAGGAAGUAACAUGAUCUGUUGUAUGAUUAACAACCCCCCCCCCCCCUUUCCCAAGGGUUAACAAGGUUAAUUUUAUAAAAGUGCCAAUUUCUACUGAAAUCAGCACUUUUUAUGAAAUACAAAAAAGAGAAUGUAAGAAGUAUCCUGAAUGGUUAUGCAUUACUCCUAAAUUGAGUAAAAAUGACAUGUGUUUUACAUUGAUAUUAGAGUAUUGACUAUGUAGUCAGAGUAAACCAUGUUGGGUGCAAUGUAUUGGUGUUCAACUUGGGAUUUACUUUUUAAUAGAUGGUAGAUCGGUUGGCCUGAAAUAGGAUUAAUUUUGAACAUAAUACAUAACCGGCACUUUAUAGCGUGCAUAUUGCAUCUUACACUGUAAUACCUCUGACAUGUUGCCAUAUGAUUUGUAUAAUAGGUAUUGUGCUAGAAGAAAUUUCAACACAGAGUGAAUGGCGAGGAUAGAUGACGUACAAUUCCAAGGUGAGGAGCAAUGUAAAUAAUCUUUUUAUAAAUAACUGCGUACGCCAGUGCUUUCUUAACUUGUUUUUGCCAGGUACCCAGUAUGUAUAUAGGAUUAGUUUUGCAGCUAAUUCUUCGUUUUGCAGUUUGUCUCAAUAUUCAGAAAUAAGUGCACUAUAACUAAUUAGCAUUACAAUAAACUUUGCUUAACAUCUUCAUCUGACCCUUUCCAAUACCAAAUAUUUCAGCUAGUUAAAGCAGUUCUGUAAAACUGUGAACAGUUGACCGGGGCCUGAAGAAUGUGAUAUGCCUGAGAUUAAGAGCCACUGGCCUCAACUCAUUUUUGGUCUAUUUUCCUUUUAUGGGCUGUGGUGUGUGUGUUUUUCUUAAAUAUAUAGUAGCUGUUUAUAUUGUUAUAAAAUCUGUGCACGCAGACCUACUCUUCGUGAAAAGGUCGAUAUCAGUGUAAGCAUGGCAAAUGGUUGCUUACUACAGCAUCUUCAAGGGCAAGGUUGUUUUCUCCCUGCUCCAAACUGGGUGUUUCUGAGUAAGGCUGUGAAUAAAGUUAGCAGGCAUUAUUCCAGGAAUUUUUUACUCAGCCCUAUUAACCCACAAUAUGCUCUAUCUGCAGUCAAUGUGCCUAUUAUCUUAACUGCAGAAUUAACACAUGGUGAUUUAAAUAUUGACAUUUUGAGCAGCAUUACACCUGUUACAUUUUCUUCCUGUUAUGACAGAUCACAUUCUACAAAAUAUCACUAUGCCACACAAAUUUACCUUUUUAAUCUUUUAUGUGUUUAUUUUCGAAGAGGGGGUGCAUGGGAUAAUUGCUCUGUAUAUGGUUCUUCUAAAUAUGUAACUUUAGAUCACCAUCAAUUACUAAUUAUUACAGUUUAACUGUAUGAACACUUUUUUUUUUUUUUUUUUUCCCGCACUAAACGUCAGAUUGUAGUGAAUUGAAAUUCAAAUAGCUUAAAUGUGACUAUAGAUAAACUCUAAAAUUAUUCCAUAUCAGGCAUUUUUGCUUAAAUGUUGCCUUUUGGAUGUUUAGAUCUCUAUAAUUGAGAUUAGUAAAAAGUCAUGAUGGUGUGAUCUCUAAAAUAACCUGUUCAACUGGACUUUUCAAAAGCUCAAUAAUAGUUUAACCAUUUUUAUUAUGCUUACUUGUACAGCUGUAUUUAAUGGUUUGCAUGUAAACAUGAGGAAAGAUCAUGGUUCUGGAAGGUGUGUGUGUGUGUCUGUCGUUAGACCACCUAAGGAAGUUUUUUUUUUUUAAUUUAUAAACACUUUUUUGCACUUCUUCUAUGGUUAUAUCAGAAUUUGAUGAUGCAGCAAAUUUACUGGCUGCCAACCCUGAUGCCACCACUACUACUGUGAGUAUUGUAGAGUCUCAAGACACAGGUGGGGGCCGGCAAGGACAUCGACACAGAGAUGAAGACGACUCGUUGGCAAAUGAAGACUCUGAUAAAACAGAGGUAAUUUCAUGAAGUAAAAUUUGGCAUUCUUAUAAAUGGUUUCUACCCCCAAAAUAUCUUCAAUAUUUGCUCUGUGACACACCAAUAGAACAUACUUUAUUAUAUUCUAAGUGUCUUUAUUUUAUUUAUUUUUUUGCUGUGUUUUAUGAUAAUACUUGGUGCCAAUCAUCCCUGAAACUAGACUUCAUGCAUUCUGGUUGAUCAAUGUUGUAUAAGCUGUCGUGUCAUAUUAAUAGUAGUUAAAAGAUAGUUAUUAGUUGUGUUUUCGUUUGUUUAACACACUCUAUUUUAAUUAUAUUUGUAUUUGUUUCAUGCAAUGCAGGUAUAGCCAGCUUGUAGCAGUUUGUGUGUGCAUGAACAUAGAAUUGUUGAUAAAUGAUACCCAUAGCAUUUACAAUUUCACAACAUCUUGGGAAAUUGGCUGUUAAAGUCUCCCAGAAAUGCAGCACUGGUGGGUGUGUUUUUAUUUACUAUCAUUACUUAUCGUCACUCCACCUAAAUUAAUAGCUUCAGUAUCGGAAGUGAUUAUUUAUCUGUAUAUCCUGUGAUUUGUUUUUAAUUCACUUUUAUACAAAUAAAUGGUGAUUCUGUAUUAUGUGUAUGCAUGUUCUCUUCCAUGUACCUUGGUAAUGCCCUCAUUCCUGGAGCACUGGUUACACCCCACUUCCACAUAAUAAAUGUAAAUUUUACCCAUCCUCGGCAACAUUAAUUAGCUAUGAAUCCUGGGCUGAUGCAAAAUCAAUGUGAGCAAGAAGGGAGGGGGUCCUUUGGUGGGAAGGGCACAAGUUUUAUAAUAAACAGAUUGAUAUUAAAUCUCGGGGUCCACUAUAUCAGAGCUGUGAUUGUUAAGUUGCUUAGUGUUCCUUUAUAGAAAUAGUAUGGGAAAUACUUUAGAUUUUGCAUUGGCAUGUUUAAACGUGUUAUAAUAUGCUCUUUAUAGUAAACAUUAAUUUAUAUUUAACUUAUAAUAUCUAUAAAUUUUUGUGGAUGACUAGACAUCUGUUUGGGGUUUUUUUUUUUUUUUUUUUAUACACUAUUACAAAAUGUUACGGUAUUACUCAAUAUUACAUAUUGUGCAUAUUACACAAUAUUGUGUGCACCCACUUGUGAUAUGGAUAGUGACUGCUCAAAAUAAUCUUAAUUGUACGAUUCAGACCUCAGCCGUUGUAGUUUUCAGUAUAGUUCUUUGAAUAACCUGUCAACCGUACCAUUGAAGCUGUGAACCAUUAAAGGUUAAUACUAAUUCUUUUUUGCAGCUGCUUGCCGGACAGAAGAGUUUGGCUGCUUUUUGGACAUUUGAUUAUUACCAAACAUUUUUUGAUGUAGACACUUACCAGGUAAGUUAGAUCAGUUAUGCUGAUCUCAAUAAUGCAAGACCAUUGGCAGAUGUACAUAUCAAUAUAUAUUACAGCGUGUUUUUUAUUUUUUUUAUUUUAUUUUUUUUAACUUUUCUACAGGUUCUGGAUAGGAUAAAAGGCUCCCUUUUACCAAUACCUGGUCGAAACUUUGUGAGGUUAUAUGUGAGAAGCAAUCCAGAUCUAUAUGGUGAGUGGUGAAUUUCUGCAUUUAUAGAUAUUUACUUUGUUUUUAUUGUCACAUUGUACUGUAAGAGUAUUUUUGAAUCCUGCACAUUUGGCUAUUACUCAAACUAUUUUCCACAACUGUUUCUUUAGUUAUCUAGAUUUAAAGGAACACUAUAUUCACCAAAACAACUUUAGCUUAAUGAAUCCGUUUUGGUGUACAGAUAAUGCCCCUGCACUCUCGCUGCUCAAUUCUCUGCCAUUUAGGAGUUGAACCACUUUGUUUAUGUAGCCAUAGUCACACCUCCCUGCAUGUAACUUACACAGCCAUCCUAAACACUUCCUCUAAAUAAUCAUCUAAUGUUUAUAUUUUCUUUAUUGUCAAUUCUGUUUAAUUUAGAAUUCCUUAUCUCAUGCUCUGUUAAUAGCUUGUUAGACCCCACAGAGUCUCAUGUAUGCAACUAAAGCUCAAUCCACAGAGCAGGAGAUGAAGAAAAAAUAAAUAAAUAAAACACUUUAAAAUAAGUUACAUCAGAUUGAAAAUGAAACCAUUUUUAUUUUCAUGCAGGCUGUGUCAGUCACAGCCGGGAGAGGUGUGGCUAGGGUGAAUGGACCGACACAAGCGUAAUUUAACUCCUAAAUGGCAGAGAAUUGAGUAGUGAAACUUCAGAGUCAUGAUCUAUACACAAAUACUGAUUAAUUAAGCUAAAGUUGUUUUGGUGACUAUAGUGUCCCUUUUUAAUAAAACAUCUGAUAAUGUGCAUAUUAUUGUAACUAGUAGGCUAACAUUUAUGAAUUUGCUUGAGUUAAUUCGUCUUUGAAUUACAUGGAUGUUCAACUCCUGAAACUGGAUAAAAUUGUGUGCUUAAUAAGAUAAUGCUUGUGCCUCUUAUUAUGACAAUAAAACCAAUUUCACCCUUGACAUACAACAUAAGCAGUAAAUAAUUGGCUACUUUUGAAAAUGACAGCAUCCACAAGAUUACCUAAUUUUUUUUUUUUCCUAUCAUUUAUAUAUAAAUAUUUCUUUCUUCAUAAGGUCCAUUUUGGAUAUGCGCCACUCUUAUUUUCACACUGAGCAUCAGUGGGAAUCUGUCUAAUUUUUUGCUGCAUCGAGGCGAGUCCCAUUAUCACUACGUUCCUGAGUUUAGAAAAGGUGAGUAAUCUGCCUGACUGCUAAUCACUCUUACCCAGCUUAUUUGUUGACACCAAUGGCUGUAUUUGCAUUGGGUACAUUUCAUGACCAGAGCUAUAUUGGCUCUUUUUAAAGAGUGUGAAAUUUUAAUCCUUGUGCAACAAUUUUACUAGUAAAAGCAUAGAUUGGGAGAAAAUCCUACUUAAAUAUAGGGUUUUCUUCCAUCUGGUAAUCCAUUCUUCAACAUAAACUCUAUUCCAAGUAAUUGGUAAAGAAGAUCUGAAGAGACCUCCCACAGAUUGUCCUUAUACCACCACUACCUGGCGCUGCCAGUAUAGGAAUGGAGUGACUGACAUCACUCCGUUCAGAUUCCGGCAUCAUGGUACCUAAGCCAGUGUGUCGGCAGUUUGCCCUGCUUGGGGACACUUCACUGCAAAUCAGUGGAGAGAGCAGGAAUAGCAAGGGCGGACCAGAGGUGGCGAUUGCAGAAGUGUAACUCAAACCUCUGUUAGCUGAGAUAAGUGGUGUCAGGUUUCCUUUAAACAAUGUUAUCUCAGUACAGCUCCAUGUGAGAGGACAGUCUGGAGCCUAAGUGAAUAUGAAGUUAUUUAGCCCAACAUUAAAAAAGAACACUAAGAUUAAUAAAGCAUCUAUUUAAUUUUUAAUAUUUGUGUUCCUUUUCAUUAAAUAUUACAGUAUUAUCAUUUAUUUAGUGUCAACAUAUUCCACAGUACUUUGCAAUUAAUAAUGGGGAUAUCGUAGAACAAGUAACUGACAUACCUCAUAUAGAUGUGACGAGGUGAAGAAGGCCCAGAUUAAACAAGGUUAUAAAAUAUUUUGUAAUUAAAAAUAAAAAGGUAAAACCUUUCGAUCAGUGUGGAUUUUUAUUUUUAUUUUAUUUUUUUUUAUUUAUUUUUUUAGCCUAGCUAAGAUUCCUGGAACAUGCAGCCCAGAUCUACAACCUAUUCAUUUAAUCUGAAAUUGCAGGUCUGCACAACGUGCCGAACCCCAGAUGUUUUCAACUACAACGCCCAUGAUUCCCUGGCGAUCUUUCAUUCAAAGAAUCAUGGGCAUUUGUAUUUCAAAACAUCUGGGUGGGCCGCAGGUUGUGCAGGCCUGGUCUAGAGUUUAGUUUGUAUUGUAUGUUAAAUGAUCGUCAAUUAUUUAUUUUUUUUAUUUUAUUUUAUUUUUUUUUCAAACUGCACCACAUGUUGAUACAAUAGUUACAUACAAACAUGCUGUCCCCAGUUUACCCUGGUGUCUCUGUGUCUGGCUAUUCCUUUGUGCCAAGUCAUGCAGCAUGUCUCUGUUUGUUUGUUUGCAGUGUCAAUUGCUGCCACUGCAAUUUAUUCCUAUGCCUGGCUGGUGCCACUGGCUCUUUGGGGCUUCCUGUCAUGGCGACAUAGCAAGGUGAUGAGCAUGGUGUCCUACUCGUUCCUGGAAAUUGUGUGCGUUUAUGGAUACUCUCUCUUCAUCUACAUCCCCACUUCUGUGAGUGUCUCGUGCAUUGGAUUACAUUGUUUAGGACCCUUUUUCUGUCAUUCAGCUCCAUAACUGACAUUUUUAUUUGUACAUUAUUCUAUCCUUCAGUGUGAUAAUACAUGCACACAUAGUUAUUUAGUGAAGUUUGGGUUGUAUGGAAAUCAAAUUUUACACCAAGGUAACCAAACUGAAAACAAAGCUGACUUGGAGACUUUAUUUUUUCAUUUUGUCUAUUAAAAAAAAUAAACAAAUUUUGUCUAAUAUUUGAAUUUACAUUUCCCUUCACUUUGAACUGUAGUUUAGUUUUUAAUUAUGGACCAGUGAGCUCUGUGCAUUUUUGGUCCACAUUUUCCCAUCUUUCCCUUGUGUGGCUCUGCUCUAGCAGGGAUUUAAUAGGGUACUAUAGUCAACAAAACAAUCUUAUCGAUCAUGUCUCUGAAGUUUCACUGAUCAUUCUCUGUCAUUUAGGGAUAAAGUAAUUUUGUCCAUGUAGCCCUAGUCACACCUCCUCUGGCUGUCGUCACAAGGGUCUCCUGCAAGGUCUAGAAGGAUUUUAAACAGAGCAGGAGCUAAGAAAAUCUAAAUUAAGCAACAUUUGCAAUAAAGGAAGUGUAAACAUUAGAUCUCACUUUACAGGAAGUGUUUAGGAAGGCUGUGUAAGUCACAUGCAGUGAGGUGUGCCUAACAAAGAUAUUUAACUCCUAAAUAGUAGCGAAUAGAGCAGUGAGUUUGCACAGGCAUGAUCUAUACACCAAAACUGCUUCAUUAAGCUAAAGGCGUUCUGGUGACUAGUGUCCUGUUAGGGGAGUAGUGUUUUAUGUCAUAUCUGGGUUUCGUGGGCUUCUGUUAGUAAAAUAUCCAUAUGGGUUUACUCACCACCCCAACUCACAAGCCAAUACAAACACAGUAGCAGCACCCAUGUAAGCCAUUCUGUCUCUUUGUCUUGCGGUGCUGCUCUGACUUUUGCUGCAGUAUGAGUUUAGAUACAGUCUGUUUGGGUUAUUAACUACAGGGUCAACUGUCAAGAAUGUUGACUUAAUUUAACUUUAAAUAUAAUAUUUUAGGGCAAAGUAGCCAAAUUGGGAAAAGAAUCCCCACGUCUAUGGUUUUCGGCCUAAAGUUUGAAAUUCACACUGUAGUGAAUAACUCUGAGUGUGUGAUUUGCAGCAGAAUGUAGAGGAUAACAACAAUAUUUAUUUGCGUUCUGUUCAUAAAAGUGGUGCAAUAUGUAAAAAAAAAAAAUAGUUGCCAAUGGGAUGUGUGCCAAUUCCACUUGUUGACUUGGUGAUUGCUCCACUUUUCCCACUUUUUAGAACAGAACACUUUGACAUUGCCGUAGAUUUAUGGGGAAGAUUUAUUAGAUCGCAUAAUAUUAUCCUAUCACUAGUAGUAACUCUGCUGUACUUCCUAGCAUUUUAGAGAAUGCUAGGAAGGUGUUCUCAUCAUUAGGACAUUGCAUUGUGUUACAAUAUGAAUUUUGUGGCCAUUGCAUGUCUGCUGCGGAAUUGUUUAGAUAUUGUAUAUUCGAAUCUCCCAAGAUAAUCACACUUGUACACAUCCCGUGCAUGGUAUUAUGACUAUGUUCAGUCUGUUUUUAUUAUCUGCAGAGUUUAGGAUAUUUGUUUUUUAAAAAUGCUUGUAUUAUGCUGGCUUUACCAUGCUAUUUACAGCAAGGUUCCCAAGUCUAGAUUUUCAAAGUCAUACAGGCUGAACAAAACAUAGACUUCGUGAUAAUUGAAUAUCCCAGCUGGUGCUUUUCUCAUUGGUACAUUUUCCCCUGUCUUCAAGUAUGGCCUUUAGUGUGUGUGUGUGUUUGUAAAUAUCCUUUUCUGACUGCAUCUGUCUUUGUGUGUGUGUGUGUCUGUCUGUCUGUCUAUAAAAAGUAUAGCCUUUAAAUGGACAGAAUAAUGUUCCUCCAGUUGACUUUGUGGGUGUAUGUAUGGCCACUUAUGUUUCGACCGAGUCUAUAACAUCCUGACCUUUGCAUUGGUUUAAUCUGAUCUUUUUCUAUAUCCAUUUUAGGUCUUUGAGUAAUUCUUGCUUUUGUCAUACUGCCAGAUAAGUCCAGUACACUCUCGGUUACCCUUUUCUAUAUUUCUUUCCCCGUGCAGGUGAUGUGGGUAAUCCACUCAGAGAUUCUUCGCUGGGUCCUGAUGAGUUUGGCAAUAUGCCUCUCUGGGUCAGUCCUCAUGCUGACAUUCUGGCCUGCUGUACGUGAGGAUAACCGCAAAAUUGCCAUCGCCACACUUGUAACCAUCCUGGUGCUUCAUAUUUUACUUGCAGUUGGUUUUGGGGUAAGUGAUAUUGAGAGAGAGAGAGAGAGAGAGAGAGAGAGAGAUAUAUAUAUAUAUAUAUAUAUAUAUAUUUCCUUCAACAAUUACAAGUAUGUAAUAUAGAAGAGCUGAACAGGCUAACAUUGAGACCACUAAUAAUCCUUCAUUUCAAAGUGCUCUCUUUUUCUAUGCAAUUAGGCACCAUGUAUUAAAAGUUGUAAAUUAACCAGAUCUGCUUUACUAAUUUGUCAUGCUGUCUAAUAAGGUGCAAUACUGAUGAUCAUUUAUUGAACACCUCUAGCAAUUUAUUUUAAAGCUAGUCCAUGGAGAAUGAAUGUAACAGUAGAAUUAACGGCAAGUGCCAUCCACAGUCCAGCAAAUGUACCAGAGGCUGGAAGGAUGAAACUGCUUUCAAGCUGUGUGCACUUGCUGAAGUGCACUGCUGAAGCCUUCAGCUUUACAGAUGUUGUCACAUGCAGGUUGAGUCCAUGAGAUCUUGUGGCUGCUGGUUUUUUGUUUUAUUUGGUACAGCUUGAGUAUGACCAGGUCCGGUUGGACUUGACUUGAAAUAUAUACUUGAGGUGAGGAGCCACAAGCAGUUUAUCGGUCAUCAACGUUUAUUAUCAGUUUAUAAAGAGGUGCAAAAGCACAUCUGUUAAAAUCUAAAAACAAUUACUCUUUAUUACUAGUAUUUGCUCUAAUCAUUUGCUAGUAAUAAUUGCUAGUCUUUCUUGUUCUAAAGUAGCAAAUAUUUAGAGGAAUCUGAUGGGGGUUUUUAUUUAUUUUUUAUUUUAUUUUUUUCUGCACGUGCAUAUGCUCAGCUUUCCAAUUCCAAUGCAGUACAGCUCAAAGAGAAGCCCCAGUUGGGCAAGCGUCAUUGCUUGUGUGUACGUGGUCGUGGCUGCCCUUAUUCUGACGUGCACACUGCUACAUGGGGGACAAGACUGGUGCCUAACACACCUGCCACCUCUGUUAGCUUCGUGGAGCUAACAGAAUUGAGAAGAAAUCCUCCCUGGCUGUCUGAGCGCUAAGGAGAGGUUUCUGAAAUUCGUUCUAAAAGUGCAGGUUGUGUGAGGACUCUCCCUUUUAAUAGCAGUCAAUUUAUGUCCGGCAUAUCCAGAGAUUAAUUAACAUUCACCUGAAAGAGGAAUGCUAUGUGUGGAAAAAUUUGUGCAGUUACCUUGGUGUGUUUCUGUAGACCAUCAGGGGCCAUAGAUUGUCUAAAUUAAGGUCGGUACAUUCAUGAUCUGAGAAUCAGAUGUUGUGUAUUUACAUUUAAAAUUACUACCUUGGGCUCCAGAUUGCCACUUUAAAAAAAAUAAAAAAUUACUAGAUUCAUGAUUGGGACAAUCCUUCACAUGUGUCUAAAUACUCAUUCUCAUACAUGAAUAUAACAUAUAUUCAUAUAUGCUCUUUUUAUUUGCAAUGGAAAUUCAGUGAAAUUCCAAAGCAUUAUAUAUGCAGCUUUACAUAAAUGUUCUGCCUACUUGAAAAACUAUGAAUUAAUAGGCCUGUAUUGGCAAUGGGCCUUGGGUAACCUUCCAAAGGAAAUUUUUUUAAAUGAUCCCAUCUGUUUCAUAGCAAAUAAUUCAGAAAUACAUAGACAGAUUUUGCUAAAGAAUUUCAUAAUGAUAAACAAAAACAUGACCGGGCUGUUUUGCCAUGAGUCACAAUUUUGCUUAGUUUACUGCAUACUAAAAUAAGUUUAGGGCUCUAAAAUAUUUGGCUGCUUGUGUUAACAGGAAGAUGUAACAUGUCCUGAAAAGCUUGACCAUCAUAUACUUAAAAGGAAUUUGCUUCUCUCAAAACAGCUUCCCACCUGGUCCCAGUAUGGUGGUGACUGAGCAAAGAAGGGAGAAAUUAGGUGUUAAGCCAUUCAAAAAUGGUUUAAUACUUUAAGGCAAUACAGUGCCCUGGUACUCCAUCCAACAAAACAAAUUCAUUGAGAUGUAGUUUCUUUGCGGGUAGAAAGUCCCAUUAAUAAAGUGAGCACUGAUUGUGUACUUUAUUCAAUAUGUGUUUUUCUCUUCAAUGCUUUAAAUUUCCCUUUAAAUUAUUUGUCUGUCUAGGAGUAUUUCUUUGAUCCUCCUGAGAACGAACAUAUGGUUCGCACUGUAACGUCUCCUAAUGCAACAAAAGGAACCGUACAGACUCACUGACUGGAGGUAAUAGUUGGACUACACCAUCUAUUAUCAUCAUAAUUACUAACUGCAUUUACACUAAUUUACAUAUGUUUUAUUGUCGUAAUUAUAUGGUGGUCUUGGGAGUGACUUCAAUCAAAUGUAAUAAGUUUACUCAAGCUUUUAUUAGCGGGAAAAGUAACUAAUAAAGAGGCUUAAAGAUAAUGUACAUGCAUUUUCCAUAAUGGUGGAUAUGACACAUCCCAGAUGUAACAUUUGCUUGCGAUGAUUUUGAUUUUUUUUUUUUUUUUACUGGUUUUUCAGGUUCCAACAAUUAGGCUGAAGAGUCUAGCUUUAUAAAACCGAAGAUUAUCCUCACACUGGACCAGUGAAUCUGGUGAACGGAAUGCUAAAGAGAGCUGCACUUCUGAAACGUGAUCAGCUAAUUUUGUUCCAUAACUUCAUGGAAAAUAUUGAUCAAGUUAAGACACUGGACCAUUUUUAUUAUUCUUAUUUAAUUUAUUUAAAAGGACUUCAGUUAAAUUGCUUGGUGUAAGCGGUGAAAAGGGAGGACUUUUGCAUGUUGAAAAUAAUACAGGCCAGGGGUAGGCAACAUUCCCAUUCCAAAUCUCGUCUACUACAUCUUCCUGGAUGCUUUGCCAGCAUGAUGGCUGUAAGAGAAUUAUGGGAUAUGUAGUUUACAACAUCUGUAGUGGCAAAGACACUAUUUACUUAUACCUCAGCAUCUAAUGUGCUUUGAAUGGUAAAUGUUUGACUCACUUCUUGAUUCCAUUGCAUAUAUAUAUAUAUAUAUAUAUAUAUA